AGUAGGGUGGUGGUGCGGCAGUUGGCAAAUUGCAAUGGACCUCCCUCUAAGUUUGCUGUGGAUCUCCCUCACCCUCGCUCUCCUCUACUUCCUCGCCACAGCUGCAAAGAAGAACUCAUCCACCGUCAGGCUGCCGCCCGGCCCGGCCGGGCUUCCCAUUCUGGGCAGCCUCCUGAAGCUGGGCGACCAGCCCCACCGCUCCCUCGCCCGCCUGGCCAAGACCCACGGCCCCGUGAUGGCCCUCAAGCUCGGCCUCACCGACACCGUCGUCGUCUCCUCCCCCGCCGUCGCCCGCGAGGCCCUCCAGAAGAAGGACCUCCCCCUCUCCGACCGCUGGGUUCCUGACGCCGUCCGGGUCUUCGGCCACGAGCAGGUGUCCAUGAUAUGGGGGGCCGCCACCCCGUCCUGGAAACACCUCCGCGCCAUCUGCAGCACUCACCUCUUCUCCGUCCGAAGCCUCGACGCCACGCGAGGCCUCCGGCAGCAGAAGGCCCGCGACCUCGUCGCCUACGUCCGCGCAAAUGCCGGCCGUCCGAUCGACGUCGGCCGAGCCGUCUUCGGGGCCGUCCUCAAUCUCAUAUCCAACACUCUGUUCUCGUUUGACCUGGCGGAUCUCCACUCGGAAUCCACCCAAGACUUCAGGGACUUGGUAUCGACCCUCACCUCGGAGGUUGGCAAGCCGAACCUCUCCGACUUCUUUCCGGUGCUUCGCAUCAUCGACCCGCAAGGCCGGCGGCGCAAAAUCGAACUCCAUCUCAAGAAAUUGUUCAAACUGUUCGACGAAAUAAUAGACCAAAGAUUGAGCGCCAAUCCUACAGCGGCGGCAGCGGAGAGUGGUGGUGAUUUCUUGGACGCACUUCUCCAGCUUCACGCCCAAUCCAAGCUCGAACGGAAGGCAAUAAGAUCCCUCCUCGCGGACUUGUUUGCUGCUGGCACGGAUACAAGCACGAUCACGACGGAGUGGGCCAUGGCCGAACUGCUCAAAAACCCGAGCAAACUGGCAAGAGUCCGCAAAGAAAUGGAGGAAGCGAUCGGAUUGCCAGGUCAAGAAGCAGAGGAGUCGGACGUUGCCCGGCUGCCUUACCUCCAAGCAGUGGUGAAGGAGGUGCUGAGGCUGCACCCGCCGGGGCCGCUGCUGCUGCCACACCGGGCGGCGGAGGCCGGGGUGGAGCUGGGAGGCUACGCGGUGCCGGAGGGGGCCCGGGUGCUGGUGAACGUGUGGGCCAUGGGGCGGGACGAGGAGGUGUGGGCGGAGCCGGAGGCGUUCGAGCCGGAGAGGUUUCUGGGGAGGGAGGUGGACUUCCGGGGACGGGACUUCGAGCUGAUCCCGUUCGGGUCCGGGCGGCGGGCGUGUCCCGGGCUGCCGCUGGCGGCGCGGAUGGUGCACCUGCUGCUGGCCUCGCUGCUGCGGGCGUUCGACUGGAGUUUGCCUGAAGGAAUGGCACCCGCCGACGUGGACCUUUCCGAGAGGUUUGGAGCUACGCUUGCCAUGGCCAGCCCGCUACAAGCCGUCGCUGUCCCUGUGGUAGCAGUCUAGACGAUUAUAACGUUUGGCCUAUCAGAAGCUCUGUAUUUCAUAAUAGCAAAUGCCUUUCAUCCUCCUCCUCCUCCUAGUAUUGGAAGCAUAAUACUAGAAUAUAUGUGGCACUAUUGAUGUAGCUGUUAUUUAUAUUUUUAAUAAAAAAAAAUGAAUUAGCAAAGACAAA